AUGUAUAAUAUUAGAGUAGAUACAGAUCAAGUAGAGGAUGGAGUAAUAAUCAAUAUUUCAGAUAAAUCAAUUUUAAAUGUAUUUACUACAUCGACACAAUUAAUUAAAAUAUUGGGUCCAUUGUUGACACUAGGUUGUAUAAUCAUUGGUAUUAUACGAAAAGAUACAUUUGGGUCUCCUGGAACUGGAAUAAGAUUCUCAAAGAUACUUGUGGCCACUCUAGUUUAG